CACGAGUUAGCUAUUAACUUAAUCUCUGAAUGAGCUGCAGGCUCAUUAAACGAAUAAUUGAAAUAGCGUUGAGAAAUAUAGAAAGUUAAAGUACAAAUGUUUGUACCCGUCCCUUUUGAAACGACAUUAGAAUACACUAAUUAGCAAGUUUCAAAGAGAUAAUCAUCGCAAAUUGUGCUAAUUAACAAAUGUAUUUUAACAUAUUUAGCGCGCCAUUUAAAAAAUGUGCUUGCAUAAAUGUUGAGUGUUAAGUGUCAAAAGAUUUGUGACAAGUUUGAAAAUUUGAGAAAAGCAGAGAAAAUGAGUUGAUGGUUGAAAUGGUAUGGGAUAUCAAAGUUUUUGUUUAUGACAGAUUUUAUGUAAAGACUAGGUGAUGUUAACAUUUUUAAACCAAUCACAGGUGAAACAAACAUACACUGAAAGAAUAUACUAAACAAUCAUGAUGGGAAAGACAUUAACCAACUUUUACUUCUUCAUAUGGUUUAUUAUAACAGCACUGCUGACGAAAGAUAAAGUAAACGCAACCUGUCCGACUGGCUGCACCUGUAUCGCGCAAGAGAAAGCUAUACCUGCUUCAUACUGCGAUAACCAAAAACUGACCAGAGUUCCAAAAAAUAUUGCUAAAAACACUGAAAUUUUAUCACUACGACUUAAUAAUAUAAGAAAUAUAACCGACGGAGAUUUCGUUGGAUUGUAUCACUUGAAAAAACUUGAUCUUGUGUUUAAUGGACUUCACACUAUCUCUGACAACGCUUUUAAAGAUCUCCGGAAGCUGCAAAGCCUAAAUUUAGGCCACAAUGCCAUAAAAGGACUAUCGACAAAUAUUUUUCGAAAUUUAAUUUCGCUGGAAGAACUAUUUAUUAACAAUAACUUAUUAAUUACGUUACCAAAGGAUAUAUUUAGAUUUUUGCCUAACUUAAAAAAAAUCUCAUUACAAUCGAAUCAAAUCAUGACUGACUCAAAUGAAGUUUUCUCGAACUUACACCAUCUAGAAAAGUUGAAUUUAGCGCAUAAUAAAAUUAAUGUCUUAACCAGCCGUAUGUUCGAAAAUUCGAGAGCUUUACGGUAUUUAUACUUAGACGACAACAAGUUGAAAAACAUUGACCCAAACGCCUUCAGAUCUCUAGACAAAUUAACUGAAGUUUAUUUGGAUAACAACGCUCUCCUCACAGUAAGUGAGAAUCUAUUGAAAAAUAAAUCAUAUCUUUCCCGAGUUAGCCUUUAUAACAAUCCAUUACAAUGCGAUUGUAAUCUUUUCUGGGUACACAAUGCGAUGGUGAAGAAACGACCAGCAUUCCAGCACGCAGAGCACAUGAUAUGUCAAUCACCACUUACACUUAAAGGAGAACAUAUCAGCUUAACCUGGAUCAAAAGUCCCGAAGGCUUUAAUUGCUACGGCUCGUGGAGUUCAUGGCUAGCUUGGAGUGAUUGCAGUAAACCUUGCUCAGGUGGAUUACGUUACCGAUCACGUGUUUGUAAUAAAAAUGUGGGUUCUUCUUGCAAGGGAGAUGAGAUGGAGUCACAAACGUGCAAUACAUUUCCGUGUUCAAACGGCAUUUUUACACAUUGGUCCGGAUGGAGUGUAUGUUCGGUAAGCUGCAACGAAGGAGCACGAAGGAGAGCGAGAAGAUGUAUCCAUCCUUACACAGGGACUGAAACAGCUUCUUGUGUUGGACCAUUAUCAGAAACUAAGUUUUGCAUGGAGAACCAAUGCGCAGUAGAUGGUUCAUGGAGCGAAUGGUCCUCGUGGUCGGGUUGUAACAAAACAUGUGGUUUUGGAAUGAGCAGUAGAACAAGGACAUGCACCAACCCUCCUCCUCGGUUUGGUGGUUUACUUUGCGAUGAUAGCCACAAGCAGAUGCAGAAUAGAGUGUGUAUAGCUGCCGUAUGUUCCCCACAUACAUCUUGGGGAUCUUGGUCAGAAUUUUCCAGGUGCUCUGUCAGCUGUGGAAAUGGACGAAAAGUACGUACACGAGAAUGCUUGAAUAAAUUCAACGAACCAAUCAAAAUCUCGAAUAUUUGUCCUGGUAGUCAAUUUGAUGUGCUUCCAUGUAAUGCAAGCUCGGUCUCGUGUAAGCAAGAUGGUAUCUGGAGCAGUUGGCUGCCAUGGAGUCGAUGCGACUCAUUUUCUUGCAGGCGAUAUCGCUCCCGAAUUUGUGAAAGUUCAACUUCAAAAUAUGGCAAAAAAGAGUGUGUAGGUAAAGCAAGAGAGCAUAAAGCUUGCGAUCCAAAACAUUGUGUUUUGCUUGGCAUCUGGAGUCAAUGGUUAUCUUGGUCAAUAUGUUCCAAGUCUUGUGGCGGUGGUACAAGAAGCCGCACUCGAAGAUGUCCUGGAGAGCAAUAUAAGCAAGUCAGAUGCGGAGUAAAGAGGUGGGAAGCCGGAAAAUGCAAUCUCCAACCUUGUAAAUUACCAUCCUGGUCGGGCUGGAGUAGCUGGACUAAAUGUUUGACAAGGGGUGGGAAGGUAAAUACUGUAGGGAGGAGAGUCAGAAAACGUAUAUGCAGUGGCAUCGGUGGAGAAGGAUGUAUAGGUUCAAGUAAAGAGAGAAAACGCUGCGUAGUAGCAUCACCAGAAGUGAUUAAAAGACCGAACGAGUGCCAAAGAAGAAUUCGUAUUCGUAACGGUAAAGAAAAAUACACCAGGAAUGGAAAUACAAUUAUCGCAGAAUAUUCAUGUGACGAGUACUAUAAGCUUAAAGGUCCUUCUAAAAUGACAUGCGUUAAAGGGCGUAAUUGGUCAUCACGGAAAUAUCCUUAUUGUGUGCCUGUAUGUGGGCGUCCUGUGUAUAAACCGAACGGCCACUGGUCUAGAAGAGCUCGCUUGCGUGGCGGCAAAUUAACAACGCGUCACAGCUGGCCAUGGCAGGUGGCAAUUGAGGUAAAAACAUCAAAGGAAGGUUGGAAACUUCGUUGUGGGGGAAGUUUGUUGAACGAGAAAUGGGUUUUAACAGCAGCCCAUUGUUUAGUGAAAUUACAACAACCUGAAGACGUGUACGAACCACAUGAAUUUAGAAUCUUCCUUGGCGUUCAUAAUGUCACUGAGCGAUACAAAAAUAAAGAAAUUCAAAUUUUUUACGGUAAAUCCAUCCACACACACUACGGGUACGUCCCAAAUACGCUGGACAACGAUAUUGGUUUAAUUGAAAUUAAAAAAAGAGCCAAGUUAUCAGAUAAAGUGUUGCCGGUAUGUCUACCAAAAAGAAAACAGAAAGACGUGCCUUUAAAAGGCAAAGUUGGUACAGUGGUUGGUUGGGGUCAGACGAGCGAAAAUAAAGCUUCUGACGUGUUAAAAGAACUUCGGCUUCCUGUCGUCUCACAAAGAGAUUGCAAACUUGCAUAUAAGAACCAAUAUGACGUGACCGACAGUAUGUUCUGUGCAGGCUUAAAAUACAAAUCACAUGAUACAUGUCCUGGAGAUAGUGGUGGAGGAUUUGUUUUUCAAGAUCCGACUAAGAAACGAGUAAAAUGGAUCCUACAGGGCAUUGUAUCCUGGGGUGGAGAUCGCUGCGGUGAGCCGGGGAAGUUCGGUGUAUAUACACGUGUUUAUAAAUUUACGGACUGGAUAAAACGGAAAAUGUCUGAGAAAUUAUAGAUGACGGAAGCGAUAGGUAAUAGUCGGUGCAACACUACCCCUUAUUCACCGGGAAAAUAUACGACGUCGAUAAAUAUAUGAUGUCCAUAAUCAGACAGAUGGAAAGCAAAAAUGAUUGAAAUUAUCAAGACCACAUAUACUUGUUCAAAAAAUACAGUCCUGAAAAAAUUCUGUGAACUGAGUUAAAAAUAAGCAGAGAUAUAAACUUGAUCCUGCACGUCUAGAUUAAAUAAGAUGUAAUAAAAAAGAUAAAUAAUCAAGAAACUAGAUGAUCUUAUAUUUA